ACGUCGCGCAACCGCUUUUGUUUCAACCUAGCCAUAAAAACAAGGACAUCUGAUAAUAAGCCAAUCACUGCCGCUGAUGGAGAUGGAAGAAUGAUAAGCGCAGCGUCCUCCCUGCAGGGAAUGAGGCUGAGAGCUGUUCACAUUGAGCCGCUUGCCCCUGCCGAGGAACGACAACUCUGGGACAAAAGAGCCCCAAAUGUCGAGUCAGGAAAGACAUGGAGGAGAGCUAUGAGACAUUUGAUGAUGAAUUAGGGCCUCAAAGAGAAGAUCCUCCUCCGCAAAAGCCUUUUCGACAGAUCCGACGACCAGAAAUGUACACAAACAAGAAAGUCAGAGAGGAUAUGUCUGCAGUUCUACAGCCACCAAAAGUAAUCCCUCAGACUUUACCCUCAGAACCAAGCGCUCCAAAGACAUUUCCUGUACAAAAAACCUUGUCCAUGCAGAACCUGAGUCCAAUCGAGACACCAUGGGAGAACGUGACGCUCAACCGCUGUUUGUUCGUGGCCAUCACCAUCUUGGUGCUCACCUCGGGAUGCCAGAGACUUCACGAGACGAUGCGCGGUCGAAGGACAGCAGAGGAGGCGGAGGAGGUCGAAUUGGCCACGAGGCAUCCGACUACGUUACGACACCGAGGCAAAACGCCGCAGCCUGAAACCUCCUUUUGGGAAGUUUUGUUUUGGUGGCUGCCGGACCUGGAUGUCGACGACGAAGAGGACGAAAAUACCGUAAAGCGGAAAGGAAAGGCAGCCCAAAGCUUGAAGAGUCUUCGAAACAAACCAGUGCCAGACAAAAAACUCAUGAAGAAGAGAGAGGGGACUUUAAAAACGAGGAGAGCCAAAAAAGCUCAAGUGGCUAAAAAUGAGAAAGAGAAGGACCUACUGAAGAUACAUGAUGGAGAUGAGGAAAGAGCGGAAGAUGAGGUGGUGGUGGGAUCCAACAAUGGUGAAGAUGAAGGAAAAGAAGACUGAAAGAAUGAAUAGGAAAAUUUUACAAACAAAAUCUAUAAAAUGACCUGUAUUGUUGUGUUUUCAAUAGUUCCAUUAAAAAAAAAAACAAGCGCAAACAGCUAGCCACUUCUACAGAUUGAAAAUUUGAAUAAAAGCGAUCAAAAGUGCUACUUCAGUGCUUUAGUCUUUUUCUGAACAUGAGCUCAAAAAUCAUUAGUCUUUUGGUUGAACAUACUUUUGACAUU